AUGGUUGAGUGGACUGAGCAGGAGCGUAGCACCAUCAACAAAAUCUUUGGCAGCCUGAAUUAUGACGACAUCGGCCCCAAGGCACUGCGAAGGUACGUGACUCAUCGGUAGUGAAACCUGAGAGCAAUAAACUAAUAGCUGUGAAUGACUCUCUAAAUGUUAUUACUCUUUUUCUUCUCCAGGUGUCUGAUCGUCUACCCCUGGUGCCUGAAGUAUUUUGGUGACUUCGGUGCCACUCACAACGCUGAAGCCAUCCAGAAAAACGACAAAAUCGCAAAGCAUGGCAUCGUGGUGCUGCACGGUCUCGACCUGGCUCUGAAGAACAUGGACUGCAUCAAGGCCACCUAUGCCAAGCUGAGCGUGCUGCACUCCGAGAAGCUGCACGUGGACCCCGACAACUUCAAAGUAAACUUUUUAAUUUUAUCCUACUUAAUGGUCACAUUCCUUUGUCUCUCAUUGAGACAAAUCAUUCAAAAUGUCGAUUUUACACGGAUAGUGGCGUAUACAUAUAUCUAGAAAAAGAUUAGAAAAGUCAUGGUUUCAUGUCAUAAAUUACAGUUUAUACUGCUAAGCAAAGCCAAGCUGUCUUAAGACUGCAUAUUAUAAAUGGAUACAUUAAGUUAAUUUUUCUCUUUUUAUUCUACAGCUGCUGUCUGACUGUUUGGCCAUUGAAAUCGCCUCCCUCAUGAAAAGUGACUUCACACCUGAUGUUCAGGCCAGCUUCCAGAAAUUUCUGGCUGUGGUGGUGUCUGCUCUGGGAAAACAGUACCAUUAA